AUGACAAGAGCUUUAAUUAUUGUUGAUGAACAAAAUGAUUAUUUUAAAACUAAAAAUGGUAAAUUUGAAUUAGUUGGAUCUGAAGAAGCUAUGGAAAGAACUAAAUUAGUUUUACAAGAUUUUAGAAAUAAGAAACAAUUAGUUUGUCAUGUUCAACAUGUUUUCCCAAAAGGUGGCCCAUUCUUUGAAGAUGGUUCAGUUGGUUGUGAAAUUCAUGAAGGUGUUAAACCAAUUGAAGGUGAAGAAAUCUUUGUUAAAACCGCUAUCAAUUCGUUCAUUGGUACUGGUUUAGAAGCACAUUUAAAGAAACAUAAUAUCACUGAAUUGGUUAUCACCGGUAUGAUGUCCCAUAUGUGUAUUGAUUCUGCAACUAGAGGUGCCAAAGAUUUAGGUUGGUCUGAUAUCACCGUUUUAGAAGAUUGUUGUGCCACUCGUGAUUUAACUUUCAAUGGUAAUACUACUCCCGCAAAAUUAGUUCACACUGCUUAUAUGGCUGCAUUACAAUUUGCUUUUGCUAAAGUUAUUACUUCAACUGAAUAUUUAUCAAAAUAA